AUGACGCUUCAGGCGAGCCGCUGCAACGCAGAUCCGCAUGUUUUGAUCAGCUACAAUCCCUUCUACCGAAAUCUGGCCACAAACUUAGCUAAUCGACUCAAGGAAGCCGGAUACAAGGUAGGAGGUUUUUGAAAUAUGUAAUAAUUACGUAGUGUACGUAGAAACUAGCAAACUAGGGUUUUUAUGAAUGACACAGUAGCUAAGGUUAGUUCCUUUCCCUUAGAAGAACUUAAAACUUUUUACCGGGGCGAGUCUUUAUGUUUAGGCCUCAGAAACUGGCAGUCCGACCGUCGUUUCCGACGAUGCCAAUAGCCGUGUGGUUGUGCGGACGGCGACUUGCGUAUGAAUUAUAGUUUAUAGUGCCAGUAGACUUGCUCUGCAUCUACCACACUCUCACUCGGUCACUCACUUGGACCUAGUGUCAUGACAUAAUUAACAAGAAUAGAGGCAAGAUCGGACGCAGGUAGAUGACACGACGUAAAUCCGCACCUAGGCGUACCACCACACUCCCGGCACACGCUUGGCAGGUGGAGGGGUGGCUCGGAUAUCAACUGAGUGGGAAUGUCAUAAAAGCCACAUUAGUAAGGAACCAUCGCAGGCCGGCUUUGUGCCCUGGGCGGAGGACCGAAUUACCUCGUCAGCUGACAACCUUCCAAGCCAUGACUUUUAAGGCACAGUGAUUGAUCCAACUAAGCCGGCUUGUUUACAGUGAGUUGAAGGAGUCGACCACGAUCUGUCUUCGCUCUCCCAAGCACCAGGCCAGCGUCCGAACCAGUUAGUCAACAGUUGAGAGGAUUUGGGGCGGUGGGUGACAAAGCUAGAGUUCGACUGCGCGUGACACAUGCACGAUCCGCCUCCUCACACAUAAGACACCAGGAUUUCAUACCGAGCGAGCGGGCGGCUCUCGUCUCACAUCUGUGAGAGUGCCAUAGACGCCACAUUAGGGAGCAUUCACAGUUUGAUUCUCUCAGCCUACCAGUCGGCCGCCCCAUACAAACGAACACUAAACUGCCUGCGAGGUUCGAGUUAUCUCGUCAGUUGGCAGCCUUCAAGGCAACGGCUGUUGGCACACCUUGACAAUCUAAAGCAUGUGAGAUUGUUUAAGGUGAGGAAGAUGCGCUGAGAGUCGACCUCACUCUGUCUCCCCUUUCUCGUGCGCCAUUCGAUUGUCUGAGCCGGUCAACUAACUGAUGCUGAUAGAGCUAAAUCAGCCGUCUGCGUGUGCCACAAACAGUACUUGACCUCAAUAGUAGUGAAAAUCCGAUUCCCAGGUGGCAUAUCAAAAGAAGAGAGGGCGUUCACCGGGAGGGGUUUAUUUGAGAUCCGACGUUUCGGGUAGUUUAUUCGUCUACCCAUCUUCAGGGAAUGGGAGGUCCUGUGCACAGCACUCCUUAUUAUGGCGCCCUUUGUCCAAUGCGUGAUCCGCCAAUGCCGCCUGCGUGGCUGCAUCCAACCCGCAUGUCACCGUGACCUGAAUCGUCGUCAUCGGCCGCGGUGAUGACUGACGGCGCCGAUUGUCCCGCGCCGUGACUGUCCCCCGCUAAGAAGGUUCGUAAAGUCGGAUUGGGGGGAGGCAAAUUGAUGUGGCGGUUGACAGAGCGGUCGGUGGACAUCCAGGCUUCUUGCACUUGCCUUGCUGUGUGAUCGCUGCCCCGGCCCACAAUCUCAACGGCGUCAAAGUUGAAGAUGUGUCCCACUUGCCCUCUUACACAACACGCUACCAUUUCACACAAAGGUACUGAAUUACUUGCAUCUCACAUGCGGUAGAGUGGCAGGGGGACCACAAGAAGAAGGAGCCAAUGAGCAUCAUUCCCACUUGUGUGGGGGGUGCCGAUUCUCUGUUUGUGAUGGGCAGUGAGGGACGGGUUCGUGUUUACUGUUUGUGUAGGUGAAGAGAUGUGUGUUGAUGGAGUUCCACUAGCGACAUUUAACCGCAGGUUUUUGUGUGUGUACGCAUGUAUCAGAGUAGCUGCUUGCGGUGACUGAAUGUGCGUGGGCAGUCGCGCCGGAUGCGAUGGUUGUACGUUGGCGAUCCAGACACUAAUUCAUCCCGCUCUAUUCGAUGAGUUCGCAUACGACGGACAAGACCGAUGCGCGGUGUGCAUGGGCUGUGCCAAUAUGGGCUGGAGAGGACGGCAGCUGCUGAGUCAGUUGCGACGGUGAUCUUGCCGGUGUUCACCGAGCUGGUGGAGGAAUAAGUGAUAGUGCUAGAGAUGAGAGAGUUAUCGGAUGUGCACAGUGUGCUUAAUGUGUUGAUAUUGCGGUGGAUUAUGCUGCCGCGUAUACGCAUAAGGUCGAAUAUGCCCAUGCGCGAGUGAAUGUGUGUGGACAAUGCGGGAAGUUGAGGCAGGUGCGGUAGGUGUAUGUUCGGGCUCGUGACAUUGGUGCGCCUUUCUCUAUCCGACAGAAUCGCAAACUACUGACUAGGCCGAUGUGUGAGGUGAAGGUAUAGUCGCACUAGGGACAGGUUGGUAUUGAGUUCACAUUGCUGGUGGUUGAUGUGGUGGUGUUGUGAAAGAUAGUGAUUGGCGGGACUUCGUGAUUGUUCUCACUAAUGGUUGGCGUUGGAGGCAUAGUGGUCAUCGCAGGGACUGUGCCAGGUAUGGUAGAAGUGGUUGGGGUCGGCGACGUCAGCUAAGGCGUCGUGGUAUCAAGAUUGCGGACACCGGUGGUGGUAAUGGUUGUGGUCGUCGUCGUGGGGAUCGGUGCAGAGGUGACGAUUGGGGCGUUUGCGGAGGAGGCAGGUGGGGUCGUAGUAUUGUAGAAUUGGGUCCGACGAGGCCGAUCCGUGCACGAUAUGUUCGCUGGCGGCAUAAAAACGUAAAAUGUGGUGGGGUUUUGGAGUUAAAAAUCCGCGGCGCUUACGAUUUUUAAGCUACUGUUUUGGCUUUGGCAGCGGCGGUCCGAUUGGCUUCGUAGAUUACUGCUCCAGUCUUCUCUACUCUUCUCAAGGCGGAUCGAUCCCCGGUAAGGUGUUUCUAGUUCGUCGGGGUGAAUUGCAGUUUUUUAGAGAGAUUUUCAAGGCGUUUUUUAGCGUCUUUUUUGUUCACCAUGUCAUUAAGCAACCCUAGCAACAUUACCGCAGAUGAGUCGUUUAUGUAUGCGUACGUCGUCUAUCCGCACGAGGUGGUCGCUGAUAGCAGAUGUAGUUGCUUCAGCAUAUCGUGGAUGCUGGGGAUUCCCGUCCGCUCGAAGACUUCCGUGUCAUGGGUCCUGUCCUACCACCUCAGCCUUAAUAUUUACUGGAGACAACUGAGGAAGGAGUGAUUGAGUUUCCUGGUUUGAUUGGCGCAGACGGUUCAAGUCUACGUCCUCAUGGUAGGGUUACCAGGACUACUGAUUGCAUAUUUUAAUCCUCGUAUUGUGUAGAAGUCCCUGGCGGUCCUAGACGGAGGCCUGCACUUGACCAAAGGCAUGACUGACUUUGGGGAUCCGGUGGGCUAAUUCGUCAACAACGUUGAUGCCUUGUGAAAGCGUACUGUCUAAAUUAGCGAAAGUAUCCACGGUUUUUCCGUUGAUUGCCGUUGACAGUGAUGUGUGAGUGGUUGUAUUCGGUGUUGGAUAACGACUGAUGCAUGAACGCCGUUUCGUCUACGUUAAUGCUCAGCGCGAGGGUUGUGCAAUCGAUGUGGAGAAAAUUUAUUAUCCGUUCCAUAUCGCUUCCGAAACGACUUUUAUUUUCACGGGUGGCGUCAACAUCCGAUAGCACAGAAUCUCUGUAGCUCAAAUUGCCACUCAUAUUUCGGUUGAAGAUCGAUAUAAUGUUUUAAAGUACACAGUUAUACUUCAAUUUGUUUGAAAAAUCUACGAGAGAGGAUUGGUAGACUACUUGGCCGAUUUGAUCGUUAGUAAAACAGGCUACAUCGCAGUUGGUAGCCAGGAAUGGGGAAGCGGACGGCGAUCUUAACGCUAAUCCUAACUUCAACCCUAACCCUAACCUUAAACGUUAACCGUUAACCCUAACCCUAGCCGAAAUCGUAAACGUAACCGUAGCCCUUAGACAGCAGUAACUGAGAAACCUAAUCAUAAUACUGAAACCUAUUCGUACGCUCAAACCCUAACCGUGACCUGAAAACGUAAGCCUAAAGGCAUAACCCUAACCCGAAAAUCGGAAACCAUUAACUGUUACCCUAAUCCUAGCCGCAAACGUAAAACGAAAGCCAAAUGGGUCAGAUGUGAUUAUGGAGCCCCACAAAAUAGCCCCAGUAAACAACGCCCCACCCACCCCCCCAGCCACCUGAAAUACGGGGCCUGGCUACCAACUGCGAUCAUGCCGUAAAACAAGCCUAUGAAUGACGUGAAACGGUCAGUUGCAGCUUUUUAAGCCUUGUUUUACAGACGUUGAACUUUGCUGUCAAGGAACAUUAGGCGACUUGCAUCUAGCAGUCUCCUGGAUGGGGCAAACAUGGGCUGCUCAAGACCUUGCUUUGUCAGACCCAUCAAUUAAUCCCGAUCCACGCAACUUUGCCAAGGCUUUCUCUUUUGUCUUUCUCCCGACUAUCUUCCUUGACUUUUCAUCUCCUCUUCAUGAAUAUUUUGAAACAGUUGCGAAGACAGCUUUCAGCGGUGACCAGUAUGGUCCAAAUCAUCACAAGUAACAGCAAUACCAGCACAUACAGCUUGCAUUCUAGGAAUAGUGGUAUUGCAUUAGGAGUUUAUACGAAAACCUUAAGUUCAUGCAACUUAGUAUUCGUCAUUUUAAGACUACAUGUGAUCGUAGUGGUGAACUUAUGAUUAGCAUCAGCAGUGCUAGCCGGUACUGUAGCAGUAACAAUAACAGCAACAAAAGAAGACGCUGUUGUCGCACAACUUGCAGGGAUUAAAUUAAAAAUAGUCAUAUUCGUAGCAAUUGGAGUAUUAGAAGCAAGUGCACUGGGAGCAGCGUUGCCAGUAUUAAUAUGAAUAAGAGGGAUAGUUGUGUUGUUAAAAUUCACGGUUUUAGUAAUCAUAGUACCCGUAAUGCCAGUAACAGUCGUUCUAGUAAAUAAGGGGUAAAUUGGCCGCGCAAGAGACGAGCUCCACCGCCGUCUUGUGAAACAAACGGUAACUUGUACGCCAACUGGUUUAUAGUGAAGGGAACGUACGUCGGGAACCUUAUGCGGUCUGACACCUAUUUAUAUUUUAAGCAGACUUUGCAAAUCGAGAACUUGUACCGACAAGAAACGUCUUGAGGCUAGUAUCAUUACACAUUUCGUAGGUAAUUUAUUCUAGUGAAAGAAACAAGCUGAAUAAAAUAGUUUUAUUCUACAACUCCAACUGCUUACAUACGUAUUCAUACACUCAGCCUUAUGACACGGCAUGAAUCCCAUCGUGUUUACACAAUCAGUAAUUUUUUACCUUAUUUUGCUCAUAUUUCGCGCCACCGCUUCUGUUUAUUCAUCAGAUGAUAGGCUUGUGCGUUCAUACACUUGCGUAAAUUAACAAUUUUUCUCACUAAGUAUGUGGCUUGGCUCUUUCUGAACGUCCUCACACCUCUAAAUCUAAACAAUUAGAGAUAUAACGCGUUUACUUAUUUGCCUUAACAUUACCUGAUUAUAAAGUUGGAAACUUAAACCCUUACAUGCAUAAGCAUGCGAAUCCUUUCCUGGGCAUGCUAAAACUGUAGUCCUACGUGAUCGGCAUAAGGGGCAGUUUUGUAUGCAUUCCAAAUGACGAAGGAUUUCAGGGUUCUGAUUACGGAUGCCGGUGGGCUGUGCUUGGAGUAUGGUUGGCUGACGAGGUCAAGCGAGAAAAAUGCCAUGCUAGUCCCCUUUAACCUUGCUAUUCACAUUGCACCGCAUAAGGUUAACUUCCUAUCUACUUGGAGACAGAAGGGCAGUCCUGCGUCCAUUUAAGCAUUUAUAAAGAGAUAUGGCCGCGGCACAAUCAUGGAGAUAAGUAUCAUUUAUUGAUGUAUAGUCUGUGAAUAUGGUGGCGUCUGCUUUUAAGGAAGUGCCGGAGGCGUUUCACGACCAAUUGUGCGAUCAAAAGACCCUUGCCCAAAUGUGCUGUAGCAGGACUCAGCAGGUGAUAGGUUUCUGGAGAAUGAAGCUGGUCUGCCGUGUACGGCUGAAGAAUAACACCGACCAUAGCACUGAAAGCGUCGACCAUGAAGGAGAUCGGUGCGCCUGGAACAGAUUGCAUCCGAGGGGCUGAAUCGGUCAAGACAGCCUUCAUCUUAUCAAAAGCGGCUAGCACACCUGUGACGAUCCAAAAAAACCUUUAUGACGCGAGAGGAGGUACGUGAGCGCCAACGGUCGGUCGCUGUUGGGGGUAUGGAACUCGGCUGUGCACCAGUGUCAACGCAGAGACGUCUAUGACUCCGGUUGUGCCAGAUGCAAAAAGUGCGACUGAGGCUAGGGUUGUUAGAUAGACUGGUUGCACUGAGCUUUGGGCCAACCCAUCCCACUCGUUGGCUCGACUUCGAAAGGAGGGAGUAGGGACAUUAGAGUUACUAACUUUCGAUGACCAAAGAACGCAGGUUCGAGGCUUAAGUUCGGCAAAUCUGGGUCUGGGCAUGGUUAUCUGGCGAUGGCUAAUAAGCCAGAAGUGGCCAGUCCCAGUCUCCCUCGUCUUUGCGACAAUCUUUCUUUCUGCAUAAGUCAUUUGUGGCUGUGAAAUCGCUUACAAGGUCUCCACACUGAGCUCCAAGGCACAGGGGAAGGAGCACCUCCCGUGACCCGGACGAGGGCGAAGGCAUCUCCAACCUGGGGUGCAAGGUCUGCCUUCCCAUUCCUCUAGAAGUAAAGUCCUUAAUCAUUAACUGUGGUAGCGUAACAGGACGGAAAUUCGGUCAGUAAAUGAGACUGCAAUGAUGUCAGACGAUCUACUUAGCCAGACGAUAAUGAGUUCUGGUGAUGACAAUAACACUGUGGCAGUACUGCUCUGCUGCAUCCAGUCCAGCACAAGAGACACUUGAUGAGAGCUUACGACUGAUUCCUUAGUAGGAGAACGAGAUUGAUCCCUAUCUGUGGUCAAAAGUCCUGUUGUGCGAACAUUGCCUGGGAAAUUUCCUUGAGCGAUGUGUUGGCAGCGGAUUGUUCUGACUGCCAUGCAGAGUGAGAUAGCAUAGAAAGGCUGUGGUUCGACUCACUCCUUUAGGUGAGAGGUGACCAUUUUCGGACAUAUACAAUCUAGGCUGCCAAUACAACCAUUUCGAGAAGUCUUUGGAGGCAGUAAAAGCAAACUGGAGGGUAGGACUUGAUUUUUCUUUAAUUUCCAUAGGACAUCUGAUCGCUCGUGCCCUUACGCACGCCUUUCCAAAUGGGGUGUUCGGUUGCGUCCGCACAGUAUAAACCAACCUGUAGCUUAGAAAGGUUAGUUAUGGUAUCAAAAGGGUUGCAAUUCAAGGUACUGUAAUUGUUACAAAAGAAAUAUGGAGUUAAAAUAAAUCUCUGAAUGACUUGUCCGUCUCCCUCUGCCACCAUUAGGUGUGGUUGGAUAUUGAACAGUCAAUACCGGCGGGUAAUCCACUGGACAACGUUUUGACGGCCAUAGAACAGUCCUUCGCUGUAUGCGCCAUUUUUUCUGAACUUUAUGAGUACUCACAGAGUACUCGAGCAGGUGAGCUGACAACGUAUGACAACAUUACCUUAAUGUACAGCUUGCAGCUCUUGAGAAGCAGUUUUUCGACGUCAUUUGUUUGCUAAUUUCCUUGUGUGGGAACCUUGAUUUUCACACCUUAGCAACUUGCGGCAUGAACUUUAUGGUUUUUUUGCUCCAAAAGACAAAUAUUCCCAGACGUGUUUUCCUUUUGUCACGUUACGCUGCCAGAUCACAGCAUACCUUAUGUCGGAAAAAAGCCUGUCGACGUUCUACCAUCCACUACAAAGCAAAGGACACUGUCAGGAAAUGUGGGUAGAGAGACAGCACUGUUUUGGCUUACUUUGACUUCAUUCAGCCAAGUGUAUCUUGGCCACUAUCUGAGACCGGAAACACAAAUGAGAGUUGGCAUAUAGUGUAGAUGGUCCACAGACGGGGUUUGUCGGAUGAGCUAUAUAGCCUUCUCUGAACUGAAGUUCAUUAAUGUCUCGCCACCUGCCACUCCCUGUUGCUUGAGAUCGGAUAUUUAUCUGUACAGAAAUAGGCACACACUGUUCAUUGAAGUUCCAAAUCAAACAAGCUCAAACUAGAGGCAAAAUAAGCCCAAUCCUGUUGUGUACCCAUCUACCUACAUGUUGCCUCCACUUUCUCUGCCGUCAUUGAAUGGCCGAGGUCAACCUGUUAGGUUUGGCGUCAGUCGUGUUGAAUUAAGCUUUGCGCCGUAACACCAUCACCUGAUCCUUCUUUAGCUCCCUUGACGAGAGAUUCUCCACCAGUUUGUCGUUUUUGGAUGACGUUGGAUUAGGUAGCUUUCGGAAUUCGUUUUCCAGUCCUGCGUCGUGUAUGUCCUUUGUUCGCGGGCUCGUUCAGGCACCCUUUGCAGGAGUAGAUUUGUACCGAUCUGGCGCAUGAACUCACAGCACUGGCCCUCUCUUGAUCAAUCCUCUGGCAGUACUUGAGGCAAGAUCACUGGAACUAGAGCUUUAGUCUGGCUAGAUCUUGUUAGUUACACUCUUAUGAAGGGUGCAUGAGAAAGCGGACUAGGAAGAGAUUUGGCAAUCAUGAUAAACAGGCAUUUGCACCAAACGUGGUGAAGGUCACGACGAAAUUUAUGCGUCAUGAGAAUGUGGUGGAUGUGGACCUUCCUAAAUGGAACACUGCCUGACCGUUUAAAGUGUUGUGGGAAAGCUAGAUCAACUGCGAGAAAAUGUGGCAUACUGGCAACAGAAAACGCAUUAUGAAAGACACGUCUAAGUUGAAAUAUUAACAUCAAGAUAUCGGUAGGGUGAGAUCGCAUCACGGAGGGUUUUAAGGGGGGGGGGAAGUAUCAGGUGACUUGUUGUGCUCUAAAGCCUUGAAGUGAUUCUUCGGCCAGUCAGAAGCUGAUUAAAACCCAAUGGUCGGUCAGGAUUGUAGGCCAAGUACUUCUUCAGAACAAUGGAACCAAUAUUAUCCUUUUCAUCAGGAUCAGUACUAGUGUUCUGAACGUAGUUUACCCCCAAAACAGUCACGGAAAGAUCCAAAAUCAUAAAAUUUGAGAAAAGACGCGAGGACUAGGUGACACCCUAGAAUUCAUUCGGCCCAGUACCAGGGUGGAACAGUGAAUUUUGACGGUUUUCAUAUUCCGAUUACUGAUUAGUUGAGUAAAGAAAACGCUCAAUAACGAACAAAUGCACAGCCUGGGGCAUAUUUAACAUUAUAACCCACUUUAUGUUCACCAUCUCGUCAUUUAAGUCCAACUGGCAUGAUUAUUAUGCACACAUUGUGUCUGAAACCUAGGGUUUAAGCCAAAUGCAUACCAAGUACUAUGACAAAAUUCUUCAUUAAGUAAAAUACACUCAUCCGUCAUCAGUCAUGCAAUGUGCUAAUACAUCUUUGCCAAGAUACAUUUCGUUUGAAUGCACUUGCUAUCGGCCAGAACCUCUUAAGUAGCGAGAGGAAGACUCCGUAAAUGAUUUAUUAACAAUUUCUGGUUAAUCUCCAAAUUAACUGACACUAUGCUGCCGGACGUUGGCGCGAGAUCUGCGGUGUUGCAAUUGGCGCACACCGAUCGAUCCAGUGACCUCACACUUGUUCACCUGCACGCGGUUCCUACAAACAGAGUACGAAAGUAGUUUGUCAUAAGGGAACCAUCCAGGUUUGCGUGCAUCAAUGCCACUGGCAUCAGUGCACGAGAUAUACCUGACACAGACGACUCGAGGACGAGAAAUUGUUAGAACCGGAGUCACAGGGUGCUGCUGGCCUGGUGCCACUUGUCGAACAUGCGCGCUGUGGCCUCGCAGGCGUCUGUUUGCUGUCGGGUUGUAGAAGUUAGUUUGUGAUAUUACUGAACGAUGCGCACAUUGAGUAAUUACGAGACGUUCGAUGAUCCAGCAUGCCUUGUCUUUUUCAAAGCAGCAGCUAGUGAUCUAUAAUCUCUAUGCGAGAGGCUGUCAACAUGAGGGUGUGGUGCGCACGAGCUAGCACCAAAAGUUUGCCCAGUCAGUCAAGCGGACUCGCCCCUCCGAGAGAAAGCGAUGGCAGAGAGGGUAGGGAUUGGGGCCGAGAAUGGGAGUCCUGCCCUCUCCUGCUCUAUCUGAGGCACAUUAAAGCAACUACGGCACCUUAAACCACGUGGCUUAAAGGCUUGUCAACGGACGGGAUAUUGGGUUGUUUGUAACGUAGAGUCAGGCUGUUGGGGCUUAAAGGAUACUUAUAAAAAGAAGCGGAGUGCAUCGAUGGAGACGAUAAGCUCUCCGAUGCUCUGGACCUGAGGGUCGGCAGUCACGCAUGCUAACGCAUGAUGACUGCAUUGCCGGACGACACAAAAUAAGCCCAAAAUUGAAUAUCCUGGUGUCCCUGUUCUUUUCUUUAGAAUUCGUUGAUUGAUAUUAUAAUUUGACGACUUAGGAAGCAAUAGGCCCGACGCGUGCGUGGGAUGACUGCGAAAUGUCUCAUGGAGCACAGGGCAAAGCUUAUUGGCGUUAGUUUGGAGUUCGUCUUCGUAGCUGAGUAUUGUGGUUGUGAAGGGACGUGGAAAAAGACAAUGGAGACUGAAAUGGCCAUUUUUGACUUAUUAGUCAUCGUCAGCUAGCCAUACCCAACUCCGAAAUGUGUAACACCUGGGGCUAAGUCCUACGACCUAUUGACUAGAAGUCCAACGCUUCCAACUACCGAGCCAGGGGCUCGUUGUCCUGUCGGUUGCGUUCGGGAAUAUACAAUGGUAGAGGGACGCUCGCCGAUCGUGUUACGGAACUCACUCGUCCCACUGUGCCUUAGGAUUUUCUCUUUCUCGAGCCCAACCAGCAACCACACGGCGGCGCGUAAUAUAGGCAGUGAGCGCCUCUCCACCAUUGUAUAUUCCCAAUCACAACCGACAGGACAACAAGCCCGUGAUUCAGUUGUUAGAGGCGUUGGACUUCUAACCAACCGCUCUUGGGAUCGAGCCCCUGGUGUUCCAGACUUCGAGGUUGGGUACGACUGACUGACGACGGCUAAUAAGCUAUCAAUGGCUAUUCCAGUCUCCCUUGUCUUUGUCGGUAAUGCUAUUCUGCCUAUAUUACGCGCCGUUGUGCGGCUGCCGGUCGGGCUCGAGAGAGAGCCCUAAGGCAUAACGGGCCGAGUGUGUUCCGUAACACGAUCGGUGAGCGCCCCUGUACCAAUCUAGGCUCUGUUUGCCGAUAGUGUCCGCUUCCUAUUACUGAGCCGUGGGCCCUCAAUCUACAAGACGCGAUAGGAUAUAUUUGAAGCUUUACCCCCCCCCUACAAAUGCACUUUAAGGACAGUGAGAGUCUCUUGAAAAGAUUGCACUAACUAUGAAGAAGUGUUUAGCGUCGCAUUCUACAGAGUCGUAUUUUCGGUCCACUGACGGGAUCGCUCGUUGUUUUAUGUGGUACUACAUGAAGCUGUUAUUAAAAGCCGGCACAGGAUGAGCAAUGAAUACUGACACCACGACGAGGAAAGGGGACGGAGGAAUAAGCUCAAAACACGUUUACCCGUGACAGUGGUCCGCCACCCUUCUCAUUGUUUCUUAAGAGUUUCCUUUAUACAGCAUCCAGUGAGACUCUGGCCAGCCGGCCGUUGUCUCUAGUUUCGGGCAACAGUGACCUUUACAGCCUUUUCACCAGCUUAGGAAUUUUUUAAACUGUUGCGAGCAUGCAUCGGCAUUUUAGCUGUUGGCCGCCACUGUUUUUUGGUGCCAGCACGCAGGUUAACCCAUCUGCCUAUCUUUCCUUCCAGAGGCUAAAUAUGCUCAUCGCCUCGAGAAGCCGUUCAUUUUCUGCCGUGCGCAGAAGAGCUAUUCUCCCAACAGUUGGCUAAAGGACAUGAUGAACAACGCUGAGGCUGUCACCUUCGACUUUUCUGCCAAACGUCUCAUGGAGGCCUCUAUUGGGGAAGUCAGAAGAAAGCUAGGACAAUAUCGUGCCGAGUAUAUGCAAAAGAUGCGGGAUGACUGCACUUCACGAAGUAUUGUGAUGGUAAUUAUUCCCCUGUCCUAA